AGACUAAACCGACGAGAAAUAGGAGGAGCAACAGAAGAGUCCAGAAGAGGCGGUGGAGGAGAGGGGAAAAAAAUGCUGCCGGUGGAGGAGGCGCUGGCGGCCGUGCUGGCCGCGGCGGCGCCGCGCGCUGCCGAGGCCGUGCCGCUGCCCGACGCGCUCGGCCUCGUCCUCGCCGAGGACGUCCGCGCCCCCGACCCGCUCCCUCCCUUCCGCGCCUCCAUCAAGGAUGGGUACGCCGUCGUGGCCUCCGAUGGGCCGGGGGAGUACCCGGUGAUUACGGAGUCGAGGGCCGGCGACGACGCCCUCGGCGUGGUCGUCGCUCCCGGCACGGUGGCGUAUGUCACGACUGGAGGGCCGAUUCCUGAUGGUGCUGACGCCGUCUUGCAAGUGGAGGACACGGAGCUGCUUGCCGGUGCGCCGGAUGGGUCGAAGAGGGUUAGGAUAUUGGUGCGGCCAACUGAGGGGCAGGAUAUACGCAAUGUGGGAUGUGACAUAGAAAAGGAUUCUGUAGUGCUGAAGUCUGGUGAGCACAUAGGUCCUCCAGAAAUUGGGUUGCUCGCAACCAUGGGAGUUACUACUGUCAAGGCAUAUCGUCGACCAACUGUUGCCGUCUUUUCUACAGGGGAUGAGUUAGUGCAGCCAGUCACUGCAUCUCUCAGCCGUGGUCAGAUUCGUGAUUCUAACCGGGCUAUGUUACUUGCUGCCGCUACUCAGCACAAUUGCAAGAUAGUGGACUUGGGUAUUGCAAAAGACACUGAGGAAAGUCUUAAGGAGCACAUGGAUGUCGCUCUAAGUUCUGGUGCUGAUAUCAUUCUUACUUCUGGUGGUGUUUCCAUGGGUGAUAGGGAUCUCGUCAAACCCUGUCUGGCAAACAUGGGGAAAAUUCACUUUGAAAAGAUCCGGAUGAAACCAGGAAAACCAUUAACAUUUUCUGAGAUCGUAACAAAAGAUACAUUAAAGCCAUCUAAAACAGUUCUUGCAUUUGGGUUGCCUGGAAACCCAGUGAGCUGUGUUGUUUGCUUCAAUGUCUUUGUUGUUCCUGCAAUACGGUCACUCUCUGGCUGGUCGAAUCCUCAUCUACCAAGAGUGCAUGCACGCCUAUUACACCCUUUAAGAGGAGACCCACAUCGUCAAGAGUUCCAUCGUGCUGUGAUCAGAUGGGUGCCUGAUGAUGGAUCUGGUAGACCUGGGUACCUUGCUGAAAGCACGGGACAACAAGCUAGUAGCCGCCUCCUAAGUAUGAAAUCUGCAAAUGCUUUACUGGAAGUGCCAUUAGUUGGGCAGAUUUUGGAAGCUGGAACAUCUAUGCAAGCUAUACUUAUAUCUGAUAUGAUCAACUCGCCUUUCGACAAGCUGCCCACUGCUUCAAAUCGACUGCCAUCUCAUUUAUUUCCUCCUGCAAAAAGUACUUCUAGCGAUUUGUCUCAGGUUCCAGCCUCACAGAAUGCUGAAGUUAAAGUAGCAAUUCUGACAGUGAGUGACACUGUUUCAUCGGGCGCAGGCCCUGACAGGAGUGGGCCAAGGGCAAUAUCUGUAGUGAAUUCUUCAUCAGAGAAAUUGGGUGGAGCAACUGUUGUUGCUACUGCUGUUGUUCCAGACGAUGUGGAGAAAAUCAAGAACAUUCUGGUGAAGUGGAGUGAUAUUGACCAUAUCAACCUCAUCUUGACACUAGGCGGUACUGGUUUCACACCUAGAGAUGUCACACCAGAAGCAACAAAAUCUGUGAUAGAGAAAGAAGCACCCGGCCUCACAUAUAUCAUGCUUCAGGAAAGCUUGAAGGUGACACCAUUCGCAAUGCUAUCACGGGCCACGGCCGGAAUCAGAGGAUCGGCACUUAUCAUCAACAUGCCUGGGAACCCAAACGCUGUCGCGGAGUGCAUGGAGGCACUUCUUCCAGCACUGAAACACGCCCUCAAGCAGAUAAAGGGUGACAAGAGGGAGAAGCACCCUCGCCACGUCCCCCAUGCUGAAGCUGCACCUGUGGACCAGUGGGAUCGGAGUUUCCGAGCCGCGUCGACCGGCAUGGGAUGCUCGUGCGAGCCAUGAUCGGGGUGAUGAGAAUUUGGAACCUAGCAAGUCGCGUUCAGCUCGGAGCUAAGCAGUAACGAUUUUGCUUCUUCUCGAUGCUUUGUUUUCAUUUUCCCGAAGUUUAUGAAUCGCCAGUGUGUGACAAAUAAAGUGGCGACAGUAUCUUCCAUCUUGUGUGCCGUGUCUUUUAUAAAUUACGGGCACCUAUUGGAGAUGUUGUGGUGAAUUACUGUAAUCUUGUAUGCAGCCGUCUUUGUAAUUUAUUAUGUUGUCUGUAAAA